CGCCUUCCUGUUAGUCUGGGCUGGGAGAAGUUCACUCCGAUCAGCUGAUUCCAACUGACAACAGGAGAGGAGGAAGCCCGGGAGGCAACCUAGGAGGAGGGGGGGUGGAGAUGGUGAUGAGGAUGGAUCCACCGGUGCCCUGAGGAACAGCCGCCACCCCCACCGGCGUCCCACGGCCCCCAGACACCGCCUCGCCGAGGCCGAGCUUCUCCGUGGCAUCUCCUGAAAUAUCGACUUGAGGUUGAAUUAUAUUGAAAAGCUUCUGACCACUUAAUUUCAUUACAAAAACUUUGUGGCUGAGGCACAAGAGAUGAGCCCAUGUGUGUGAACCCAUCACAACUCUGAUUGCCAUCAAAGACUCUGUCAAAUUCAUUUGACUGCAUCUUUGCCUGCACUUUAUGAAGGAUGAAAUCUUCAAACCAAAUCAAUGUUGCUGCUGUUACAAGAAUCUUGGGGGCAGAAAAUUUAAAAAAAAUCAACCAUUUGCAAGUGUGUAAAGAAUUAUAAUAGGACAGGUUUUCUUUUUUUAAGUGAGGUGUUUAGAACCCUGUGGAAAUUUUGUGUGGUCUUCAGACUCAAAGUCUUUGUUUUGCUUCUUGGAAAAGCUCAGUGACUAUUAUAUGGUGGGUGUGCUUCCUUACCAGUCUGAGUUAUGAGUGCCCAGACUUCCCCAGCAGAGAAAGGCCUGAAUCCUGGGCUGAUGUGCCAGGAAAGUUAUGCUUGUAGCGGGACUGAUGAAGCUGUCUUUGAGUGUGACGAGUGCUGCAGUUUGCAGUGUCUCCGCUGUGAGGAGGAGCUCCAUCGGCAGGAACGCCUUCGAAACCAUGAGCGGAUAAGACUCAAAGCUGGCCAUGUCCCUUACUGUGACCCCUGCAAAGGCCCCAGUGGGCAUUCUCCAGGUGUUAGGCAGAGGGCAGCCGUGAGGUGCCAGACCUGUAAAAUCAACUUGUGUCUGGAGUGCCAGAAGAGGACUCAUUCUGGGGGUAACAGGAGGAGACACCCUAUUACUGUGUACCAUGUUAGUAAGGUCCUGGAGUCCCUGGAGGGGGAAGAGAUGGAUGAGGAGACCAAGAGGAAGAAGAUGACUGAGAAGGUUGUGAGUUUCCUCCUAGUAGAUGAAAAUGAAGAGAUUCAGGUAACAAAUGAAGAGGACUUUAUUAGAAAAUUGGACUGUAAACCUGAUCAGCAUCUGAAGGUGGUUUCCAUUUUUGGAAAUACUGGUGAUGGAAAGUCUCAUACCCUCAACCACACAUUCUUUUAUGGCCGUGAAGUCUUCAAAACCUCCCCUGCCCAGGAGUCUUGCACUGUGGGAGUGUGGGCAGCCUAUGACCCAGUUCAUAAAGUAGCAGUGAUAGACACGGAAGGGCUCUUGGGAGCUACCGUGAAUCUAAGCCAGAGAACACGACUGUUACUUAAGGUCCUGGCCAUUUCGGACCUUGUCAUCUAUCGAACUCAUGCAGACCGGUUGCAUAAUGACCUCUUCAAAUUCCUUGGGGAUGCCUCAGAAGCUUAUCUGAAACACUUCACCAAGGAGCUCAAGGCUACCACUGCCCGCUGUGGCCUGGAUGUCCCGUUAUCCACCCUGGGCCCAGCAGUUAUUAUUUUCCAUGAGACUGUGCACACUCAGCUACUGGGCUCUGAUCACCUGUCAGAGGUGCCAGAGAAGCUCAUCCAGGACCGGUUCCGGAAGCUGGGUCGCUUCCCUGAAGCUUUUAGCUCCAUUCACUACAAGGGAACGAGGACUUACAAUCCCCCCACAGACUUUUCUGGGCUUCGUCGUGCUUUGGAGCAGCAGCUAGAGAACAACACCACCCGUUCACCCCGACAUCCUGGGGUCAUCUUCAAAGCCCUGAAGGCACUGAGUGACCGUUUCAGCGGUGAGAUCCCUGAUGACCAGAUGGCGCACAGCUCCUUUUUUCCAGAUGAGUACUUCACCUGCUCCUCCUUGUGCCUCAGCUGUGGGGUUGGAUGUAAGAACAGCAUGAAUCAUGGGAAGGAAGGAGUGCCUCACGAAGCCAAGAGCCGUUGCAGGUAUUCUCACCAGUAUGACAACCGAGUUUAUACCUGCAAGGCCUGCUAUGAGAGAGGCAAGGAAGUCAGUGUAGUGCCCAAAACAUCUGCCUCCACCGACUCUCCUUGGAUGGGUCUCGCAAAAUAUGCCUGGUCUGGAUAUGUGAUCGAGUGUCCUAACUGUGGCGUGGUCUAUCGUAGCCGGCAGUACUGGUUUGGGAACCAAGAUCCUGUGGAUACAGUGGUGCGGACAGAGAUUGUGCAUGUGUGGCCUGGAACUGAUGGGUUUCUGAAGGACAACAACAAUGCUGCCCAGCGCUUGUUGGACGGGAUGAACUUCAUGGCUCAGUCUGUGUCUGAGCUAAGUCUUGGGCCCACCAAAGCUGUGACUUCCUGGCUGACAGACCAGAUUGCCCCUGCCUACUGGAGGCCCAAUUCCCAAAUCCUGAGCUGCAACAAGUGUGCGACAUCCUUUAAAGACAAUGACACUAAGCAUCACUGCCGGGCCUGUGGGGAGGGCUUCUGCGACAGCUGUUCAUCUAAGACCCGGCCAGUGCCCGAGCGGGGCUGGGGGCCUGCACCCGUGAGGGUGUGUGACAACUGCUACGAUUCCAGGAAUGUCCAGUUAGAUGUUACUGAGGCACAGGUAGACGAUGAAGGCGGAACACUCAUUGCUCGGAAGGUGGGAGAGGCUGUGCAGAACACCUUGGGAGCCGUGGUGACAGCCAUUGACAUACCACUAGGCCUCGUGAAGGACGCGGCCAGGCCUGCCUACUGGGUGCCCGAUCAUGAGAUCCUGCACUGCCACAAUUGCCGCAAGGAGUUCAGCAUCAAGCUCUCCAAGCACCACUGCCGUGCCUGCGGACAGGGCUUCUGUGAUGAGUGCUCCCAUGACCGCCGGGCUGUUCCCUCUCGUGGCUGGGACCAUCCUGUCCGAGUCUGCUUCAACUGCAAUAAAAAGCCCGGUGACCUUUAACCCCAGCUCCCUCUUUCCGAGUCCUUCACAAUUCCUUAGGUUCUCAGGGUUAGAAACAGAAGUCUCAUUGAGGUAGGCCCUCCUCCCAGUCACCUGUUGUGGUAUGUGUUCUCUCCUCUCCUCAUCCUUGGGCCACUUUCCCUCUGUGGGGGUGAGCCUGACGGCAGGCCCGAAGGCAUAAACCCCUCAGGGCAAGGGACCGAGCAGCUCUAAGCAAAGGGGCGUGAACCCAAAUCCGUUGCAUUUAUUUCAGUUAAAAAUAAUAAAUAUAUAUAUAUAUAUAUAUAUAGACAUAUACAUAUGAAAGGAAUUUGGGAGUGUAUUGAGGCUGCUGCUGGCUGUGAAGACUUACCCCAGUCUGUCCCCACUACAGGGAUGGGAUGGCAGUGGCAGCAGGUCUUCCCCACAAAGCCAAGCCAGGUCCAGAGCCACUGCGUUGCUGGUCGCCUUUUGCUGCUUCUCUCCAAGCCUUGGCAGCCUCCCUUUCCUGGCUUUUCCCUUCCGGCCCCCCAGCUGCCUGGUUGGUGGGUCUCCCAGCAAUGCCUACUUGAGGCAGCCUGAAGGGAAUUCUGCUUGGGCCCUCAGGGAGCUGAAUCCCAAUUCUUGGAUUAAGCCUGUUUUAGAGACGAACCAGCUUAUUGUGCGGGUCUUAGGGGUGUGUGGAAGGUCAGAAGUUGGGUCUUCAGUCCUGAGAAGUCAAGUUCAGGUGCUGUGACGUCCCUUGUAGUUGGGGAGAUUCCCAAAGGACUUGGGCCUUCCCCAGCAGCCUUUCCUGCUCCUUAAUUCUUCUGUUUCCACUAGGCUUUUCUGGAAGGCCGCAUUUUUGCUCCUAAAUCAAAAGCACCUGCUACCCUCCUCCCCCUUGAGCCUAUCAUCUGCUUCUGAGUGUCGCAUUAGAAUUUUUAUUGCAUAAAGUGUCUUAAUUCUUUGUUUCCAGAAACACAGCCCCUCUAGCUAUUGGAGGGGUAAUCAAUGAGAAACCUUCCAGGGAAACAGAGCACAGAAUGGACUGUUAGUUGUUUUUUUUUAAAGUAUAUAUAAAUAUUUCAACAGAUCAUAAAAGAAAAAUUCUAUCUCUUUGGUCCAUGCAAGAGAAGUCAAAUGAAUGUUUCUCAUCAAGAGCUUGGACAUCUAUACCUAUCAUGACUGGAAAGAGACUGUUGUGCCGAAUCCUGUCAUCGGGUGGAGUUUAUCUUCAGUGGCCAAAAAAAGAAUUAAAGCAACAUAGUUCCUGACUGAGCUGGCUGGUGGGUGGAGCUUUGGGGAGGUGCAUGGGCCGCCAUUCCUGGCUUGAGUAUCUGUGGGGUGUGAGCCCUGGAGUGAGUUAGUCUCAGACCUGCGCCUUCCUGCCUCCUGUGGACCAGCGACUGAGGCCCUACUUGAACUGUGUAUUAUCAAAUUCGCCAUCAUAAAAGAAUCUUCCUGCUGAA